ACGAGGCUCAAAGAACAACCCCCACACUUCAUAUAAAGCUGUUCAAAUACACCACCAACCCCCAGUAUAUACGAGAACGCCGAAUACUACCCGUUAUGCUUCUCAAUCUCCUCCUCCCGGCGUUUGCGCUCCUUACAUCCUCCACCGUCGCCGCAUCCUCCUCCGUCAUCGACCUUAUCCCAAGCAACUUCGACAGUGUGGUCCUAAAGUCAGGCAAGCCCGCGUUGGUCGAGUUCUUUGCUCCCUGGUGCGGCCACUGUAAGAACCUUGCUCCGGUGUACGAAGAACUAGCCUCGGCUUUUGCAUACGCAUCAGAUAAGGUAGUCAUUGGCAAGGUUGAUGCGGACGAGCACAAAUCGCUUGGGAAGCAAUUCAAAGUCCAGGGCUUCCCCACCCUUAAGUGGUUUGAUGGCAAGAGUGAUACUCCUUCGGAAUACAGUGGAGGCCGGGACUUGGAGAGCUUGAGCAAAUGGAUCACGGACAAGACCGGCCUGAAGCCUAAGGUCAAGGGCAAGGGCAAGGUUGCCAGCUCUGUGGUUAUGCUGGAUGAUAAGAGCUUCGAGGAGAAGAUUGGCAAGGAUCAAGAUGUUCUCGUAGCAUUCACGGCGCCAUGGUGUGGACACUGCAAGACUCUUGCUCCAACCUGGGAAUCCCUCGCCACUGACUUCGUCGCCGAGCCUACAGUCUUAAUCGCCAAAGUUGACGCCGAAGCACCGAACGCCAAGAAGACCGCUGGAGAUCAGGGCGUCUCAUCCUACCCCACAAUCAAGUUCUUCCCCAAGGGCUCCACCGAGGCCGUUCCAUACGAGGGAGGCCGCAACGAGAAGGACUUCGUUGCCUACAUCAACGAGAAGGCUGGUACGCACCGCGCCGUGGGUGGCGGCCUGGAUGCCACUGGUGGCACCAUUGAGGCACUCGACACCAUUGCCGAGAAGUUCUAUGGCGCCUAUGGCGAUGGUCUCGAGGAGAUCAAGAAGGCGGCACAGGGAUUGCAGGAUAAGUAUGCCGAAUACUACGUCAAGGUAUUCCAGAAGGUCGACGCCAACAAGGGAUACGUCGAGAAGGAGCUUAAGCGCCUAGAAGGUCUGCUCAAGAAGGGCAGCCUUGCUCCGGAGAAGGUUGAUGACUUGACCAGCCGCAGCAACAUUCUCAGGCGGUUCUUGGGCAAGCAGGAGAAGAGCGAGUUGUAGAGGAUUGCAAAUAUGACGUUACGGUUGGAUAUUAUUACAGGGAGACAACGGACUGCUGCAUGGCGGGGUGACUGCUUAGACUGUUGUACCGAAGGCCUUUGUAACUCUACAAAAGAUAUCUGGAGGGCGUUCUGGAGAGGUUGCCUAAGUCUGGCUUGAUAUAAUAUUGCUUUAGGGCUGCGUGAUUUACACAAACUAUGUACUAGAGUGGCAUGUGAUGUGACUUCAUAACCAGCGCUUUGCCAACCUGAUAGUACCCAAAUUACGAACUCCAAGGAACUC